AUGGCAACCCUGAAGGAGAAGAGGACGUGUGGCCAGCGGUGUGAGGACUUCGGUCGCUUCGUGUGGAACUCAGACACUGGGGCCCUGUUCGGAAGAACACCUGAGAAAUGGGUGUACAUCAGUCUGUACUAUGUAGCGUUCUAUGUGAUAAUGACUGGCCUGUUCUCUCUGGCCAUCUGGACUCUGAUGUACACGCUGGACCCCUACACUCCAGACUAUCAGGACCGCUUAACAUCACCAGGGGUGAUGGUCUGGCCACCUACAUACAUUGAGGAGGAUGUAGUACUCAGCUACAACAUGUCUGAUAAAGCCAGCCAGAUGAAGAUGUCCAACUGCCUCAGCAACUUCCUCAAACCCUACAAUGACACGGCUCAACAGUCUAACUGUAACUGCACCCGGGGAGAGUACUUCAAGCAGGAGAAGUUUGAGGCUCCACACCAUACCAAGCACUCCUGCCGCUUCACCCAGAGCAUGCUGGCACGCUGCUCCGGCCUGGACGACCCCACGUUCGGUUACAACGGCACCACACCCUGCGUCAUCAUCAAGAUGAACAGGAUCAUCAACUUCCUGCCCAACAACGGGACUGGCAUGGCUCCUCAUCUGAACUGCACUAUACUGAGUGGCCAUGAUAACAUAGACAUGAUCGAGUACUUCCCCACCAACGGAACCUUCGAUCUAUCCUACUUCCCAUAUUACGGCAAGCUGGCUCAGCCCACCUACGUUAACCCUCUAGUGGCUGUGAAGUUCCACCUGGUCAAAGAGAGGGAGGCUAAGAUCCAGUGUCGUGUGGUGGCCCACAACAUCGCCUAUCAAGACUCAUACGAACCAUACCAGGGGAAGGUGGUCUUCCUGCUCCAGGCUCUGAAAUAA